AUGACGUCAUCACCAGAAAUUUAUCACGAAAAGCAACGUCUUCAAUACUGCCUUAUCCAUACGGUUAACAAUAUUCUACAAAAAUCCGAAUUUGAUCCGACAAAAAUGGACGAAAUUUGCUAUGCGUUUAAUGAGAGUAAAUGGUUUAAUCCACAUAGAUCCUGGAUAGGAACCGGAAAUUACGAUGCGAAUAUCCUGAUGGCGGCGCUUCAAAAACACGAUUUAAAGGUAAUGUGGUUCGACAAGCGUGUUUCAGUCGAAAAAAUCAAUAUGGAAAAUGUGAAAGCAGUGGUUUUUAAUAUUCCAUCACGGACCCUCCUCACAUUGUACAGGGGACGACAUUGGUUUGCAGUUAUUCAGAAAAAUGGAAUAUUCUACAACGUCGACUCAAAAAUCAAACAGCCGCAGGUGAUCGAAGAUAUUCGGAAGUUUGUGAAAAUCCACGUGGAUUCGCCUGAUUCGGAAGUGAUGCUGGUCGUGGAAAACAGUGUCGACGAGGCGACGGUUGUCGAUAAAAAUUAAAAAAAUCAAUUUUUUUCUUAAAAUUUCAUUUUAAUCUUAAAAAAUCGUGUAAAAAUUGCAAUUUCAUCUAUUUUUCUUUCUUUUUUCCAUACAUUUCAGGGUGAUUUUUUUUGUUGAUAGAUUUUUUGUGUGCAUAAUUUUGUAAAUAAAUUACUUUUGUGGUU